AAUAAUUCCAAAAUAAUACCUCAUACAAAAAUCAAACAAAAUGACAAGACCACUCGAAUUCACAAUUUUAGCAACUCACAAUUUAGCAAGGUACCUACUAAAUUCAACACCUAAAGGGCUUCAAUAAUGAGACUUCCUCAUGGAGAAGUGAAAACUCCAGUUUAUAUGCCAGUAGGAACAAAAGGAGCAAUGAAAGGAGUGACCUAUCAAGAGAUGGAUGAUUUGGGAUGCAAAUUACUGUUAGCUAACACUUAUCAUUUGGCAUACAAACCAGGAGGUGAUUUAUUAGAAAAAAUUGGUGGACUACAUAAUUUUGUGAAUUGGAAAAACAACAUAUUAACUGACAGUGGUGGAUUUCAAAUGGUUUCAAUGUCUAAGCUCACUGAAGUGACAGAGGAAGGAGUCACUUUUGAGUCUCCUUAUGAUAGAUCAACAAUGCAUCUAAGACCAGAAGAUUCAAUCCAUACAUAAAAUUAAAUAGGAGCUGAUAUCAUUAUGGCUCUGGAUGAUGUUGUUAGGACAGCCACAACUGGUCCUCGCAUGUAAGAGGCAAGUGAAAGAACAACCAGAUGGCUGGACAGAGAUAUUGCUGCCCACAAAAGAAAACAUGACUAAAACCUAUUUCCAAUUGUACAAGGAGGAGUUGAUCCUAAAUUAAGAGAGCAAUCUUUGAAUGACUUGAUUUAGAGAGAAGCCAAUGGAUAUGCAAUUGGAGGAUUGGCUGGAGGAGAAAAUAAAGUAUAAAAUUCUUGAGUAUUCAAGGUAGACUUUUGGAAAACAGUUGUAUAAUGCACAACUAAAUUACCUACGAAUAAACCUCGUUAUUUAAUGGGUGUCGGAUAUCCAGUCGAUAUUGUUGUGUGUUCUUGUUUAGGUGUUGAUAUGUUUGAUUGUGUUUUCUCAACAAGAACAGCUAGAUUUGGUACUGCUUUUACAGAUCAUGGAUUUCUAAAACUUAGAAAUAAUCAAAUAGCAAAUGUUUUUGAGCCAAUUUAGAAAGGGUGUUAAUGUUAAGCUUGCAAGUAUUUCACCUAAUCUUAUUUGCAUUAUUUGAUUUCAAGAGAGGAGGUUGCUUGUCAUAUCAUUUCUAUUCAUAAUCUGAAUUAUUUGAUAUAAUUAAUGCUCAAUUUACAUCAAUCGAUUAUAGAUGGUAAAUUGAAUGAAUUUGUGAAUGGAUUUUUGAAAACAUGGUACAAAAGAGAAGGUAAAAUACCUUAAUGGGUCAUUGACGCUUUAGAAUAUGCAAAGUUGCCAAUUGAAUAGUUGUGA